UGCUCUCCGCCAAUCAGCGCGCGGGAUCCUGACAGAGGCCCCGCCCCCCCCCCCUCCUCCUCCUCCGUCUCCCCCCCUCCGAGGAUCUGAGUGUCACUCCCACAUCUGCAGCUUCCACGGACACGUCUUCUCCACUCAUCUCCUGCAAAUCACAGUCAUCAUGGUGUCCCACAAGGAGUUUGCGGGUGCAGGCAAGCAGCCAGGCUUGCAGGUGUGGCGCAUCGAGAACUUGGACCUGAAGGCCGUGCCCAAGGCCCUGCACGGCAAUUUUUACACCGGCGACGCUUACUUGCUGCUCUUCACCACCGCCGCGCCCUCCUACAACAUCCACAUGUGGCUGGGUGAUGAAUGCUCGCAGGACGAGAGCGGCGCGGCCGCCAUCUUUGCCACACAGCUGGAUGACUUCCUGGGCGGGGGCCCGGUGCAAUUCAGGGAGCUGCAGAAAAGCGAGUCCAACACCUUCCUGGGCUACUUUAAGUCCGGCAUCAAGUACCAGAGAGGUGGCGUGGCGUCUGGUUUUCAACACGUGGUGACCAACGACAUGGACGUCAAACGUCUGCUGCACAUCAAAGGUCGCAGGGCUAUCAGAGCCACCGAGGUGGACCUGUCCUGGUCCAACUUCAACAAGGGAGACUGCUUCAUUAUUGACCUGGGAAAGGAGGUUUAUCAGUGGUGUGGCAGCGAGUGUAACCGCUUCGAGAGGCUGAAGGCCUCCCACGUGGCCAUCGGCAUAAGGGACAACGAGAGGAACGGACGAGCCCGGCUGCACAUGGUGGACGAGGGCGAGGAGCCUGCUGCCAUCCUGGAGGUGCUGGGGCCCAAAGGGGCCAUUGCUCCAAGUACUCCUGAUGAUGACAAAGUGGAAGCCUCAAAUAGGAAGAAGGGCGCCCUCUACAUGAUCUCGGAUGCGUCCGGUCCCAUGAAGUUGUCCAGCGUGGCGCCGUGCAGCCCCUUCAAACAGGCCAUGUUGUCACCUGACGAGUGCUACAUCCUGGACAACGGCGUGGACGCGAACAUAUUUGUUUGGAAAGGUCCGAAAGCCAACUCGUCUGAGCGCAAGGCCGCCAUGGCUGCGGGUCAGAUGUUCAUCAAAGAAAAAGGAUACAGCCACAAGACAAAGAUCCAAGUGCUUCCUGCCGGAGCCGAGACCACGCUGUUCAAGCAGUUCUUCAGCGACUGGAAGGACAAGGACGAGACCACCGGUCCGAGUCAGGCCUACGCCAUCGGCCGCAUAGCCAAAGUGGAGCAGGUGCCUUUCGACGCGUCCAGCCUGCACACCAACAAGGCCAUGGCGGCUCAGCACGGCAUGGUGGAUGACGGCAAGGGCGACUUCCAGAUCUGGCGUGUGGACAACGGUGACAAGGUCCCCUUGGAUCCGUCCUUCUACGGCCACUUCUACGGGGGCGACUGUUACCUCAUCCUCUACAGCCACAAGCGCGGCCACGUCAUUUAUACUUGGCAGGGGCUGAAAGCCACACAAGACGAACUUGCCGCAUCAGCAUUCCUCACCGUGAAGCUGGAUGACUCAAUGGGAGGAUCCCCCGUUCAGGUGAGGGUCACCCAGGGACAGGAGCCCCCACACCUGAUGAGCCUGUUCAGGGGCAAACCUAUGAUCAUCCACCUUGGGGGGACGUCCCGCAAAGGUGGACAGACUCAAACCAGCAGCACUCGCCUCUUCCACAUCCGCCAGAGCUCCGCCCACGCCACCCGCGCUGUCGAGGUUCAAGCGUCGGCUUCCAAUCUCAACACCAACGACGUCUUUGUGCUGAAGUCGCCCGGCGGACUGUUUGUGUGGCGAGGAGUGGGCGCCAGCGAUGACGAAAUGCAGGCCGCCAAGCAUGUGGAGCUUCCUGGGGGAAGUGCCAGCUCUGUUUCAGAGGGAAAAGAACCAGCGGCGUUCUGGUCCGCCCUCGGUGGCAAGAAGGAAUACCAGACCUCCAAGACUCUGCAGAAUGUGGUCAAACCGCCGCGUCUGUUUGGCUGUUCCAACAAAACGGGAAGGCUCAUCGUGGAAGAAGUGCCAGGAGACUUCACCCAGUCUGACUUGGCCACUGAUGAUGUCAUGAUCCUGGACACCUGGAGCCAACUCUUUAUUUGGGUCGGUAACGACGCGAACACGCAGGAAAAAGCUGGAGCUCCCAAAAUAGCGAGAGACUACGUGGACUUGGACCCAGCCGGCCGUAAGGGGCUGCCCAUCACCACCAUCAAGCAGGGAGCCGAGCCGCCCACCUUCACCGGCUGGUUCCAUGCUUGGGACCCCAAGAUGUGGGAGACAGAUCCCCUGGAGAGGAUCCGUGCUCGUUUCUGAGCACCAAACUCUUCGCUAACUUUGCACCUAUUUAGCAGCUGUUGCCCGACAUUCCCUUACCUCCAAAUCCUUAAGUGCCAAAAGCCCAGCUUGCAGUCAGACUGAAGGCCGAGAGGGAUCAGAGUGGUCUAGAAAAGGAGGCUUUUUUUGUAUUGAUUGGAUCUAAUAGUUGCUAAUAUUUCCUCGAAUACUAAUACUUCCUUUACAUUUAUGUAAAGGAAGUAGGCGAGAUGCUGCAGACAGCUUUUACGUCUGGAUUGUGCUACUUGGGAGAAGUUGCAUGCUGCAUUUUCUUUGUUGUAUAUGCAUGCACGCAUUUAUCACCGUGUCCACGCUUUCAAAUAAAACUCCCGCAGCUCAAA